AUGGCUCAUCACGUAGCCUCUUCCGCGACGCCAAAGCAGUUUGUGCUCUGUUUCGAUGGAACGGGCAACAAGUUUGCUGGUGAUGAAUCGGAUAGUAAUGUCUUGAAAAUUUUCCGUAUGUUGGAUCGCAGUAAACCGCACCAGUACCAUUACUACCAACCGGUAUCGCAUGUGAUGGGCGGGUACAAGUUCUUGAUGCGUUACUAUUCUCCGGUGACGAGAUCUUCUUCAUUGGUUUUAGUCGAGGUUCAUAUAUUGCUCGUUUUGGCCGAGAUGCUCGACUAUAUCGGUCUGCUUGAAGCCGGUAACGAGGAAUUGAUCCGGUUUGCUUGGAAGACUUUUGCGAAGUGGCAGCAACGCCAAGGCGAUUCGGAAGAGGACCAAGACGAGAAGAAGAAACUUUUUGAGUAUAUGAAGGCUUUCCGCGAGACCUUCAGUCGUCCGAUCACUCGCAUCAAGUUCAUGGGACUUUUCGAUACCCAAGUUCCCUAUACGGCACGCAGCUCUGCUAGUGUCAUCCGUCACGCAGUCGCGCCCGAAAGAAAAGAAGCACAAGCACCACCGACACCACCUUCCUACUCCCAUUUCGACCAUUUGCAUAUGCACCGCCAGGAUGGUUCGCGCAAACAGCAACAGAAGCAGUCUCAGCAAUCUCAACAACCUCAUGAUGCCCACCCAGACGAAGUCCCCGCUAUUCGUUUGAAUGAUGAUUCCGCAAGUCCUCAAAAUGAAAAACCGCCCGCUCCAUUACCCACCUUCGAGAACCCCGGAUGGGGUCCCAAUCCAGGCGAAUCCUACUAUCACCCUCACCACCUUCGUGCCGGUUCCUCAAACCAGGGAAGUGAGAACAAUGCUGGAGAGAAGCCUCAUCGAUACCGCGCACCGUCUCCAAACCGCGGACAAUCCCCAAAUCCCACGCUUGGACUGACCGUUCCCAACGGAAAUGCCUCCUGUGAUGAUCUCACAUCAAUUCGUAGCGGUCAAUCUGGAAACCUCUCAAUCCAGGUCCCCAGCAUUGCCGGUGAUGAUGAGAGUGACGACGAGGAGCAGGACAUUCACGAGGUCUGGUUCCCAGGAUGCCACGCCGAUAUUGGUGGAGGAUGGAAACUCGAGGGUGGCGAGCUGUGGGCCUUGAGUCACGCCCCAUUGGUCUGGAUGGUCCAGGAAGCCCAAAAGGCCGGUCUGGAACUCGACGAGCGCAAGAUGAAGCAGUUCCAGUGUCUGGAAGAGUACGACGGCGACUACACUCCCAUCCAGGAAACCCUUGGCAACCGCCGUGGCAGCCGUAUCAGUCGUACGCGGAGCGCUGCUAGCCGUGACUUCUGGCAUGCACUGCACACGUCCAGCACGAAGGGUCCCAAGCACGAUUGUCUCGAGUUCAAGCAGGGCCUACCAACCAUCUUGUUAUUUCUUGGCGAAUCAUGGAGUGGUUGCCUUUCCGUCGGAUGGAUCUCCAGGCUGAUGGGUCGUGGAAACCUAUUCGUUGGCCGUUGCCGCGUGGCUGACCCUAACUACCGCCCUGGUAAUAUUAUUGUGGGCGGUGGUGGACGCGGCGUCAAGAUUGCUCCUACUUAUCUCGGUAUGGGAGAGUGGGAGGUCCUAAGAAUGAGGGCGAUGGUGUACGUGAGACAUAUGUGCGGAAAGACCAAGCUACCAAGUGCAAGGAUCUAUUGGUGCAGCAACUUCAGCACCAGCAUGAGCACGAACAUGCCCACUGAUGAUCUAAUGAUCUGA